AUUCGACACAACUAUAAUAUACUUUGAAUGAAAUAAUUCAGAAUUUCAUAAGACCUAUAACACUUAAAAGGGAAUCCUCCAUAUAAUAUGGUUGAUUCAAAUACUAUUAGUUCCAAGAAUUAUUAUCAUUCAGAAUUGCAAAAUAGGUUAUACUUUUCAAGUGGUUCAAAUCAGGAUAUGAAAAUCCCUUAUCCAUGUACUUGUUGCAAGCGAAAUUCCCCUUCUAUAUUUUCACCACAAUGUAUGAAUGUUUGUGCAGACUGUGAUACUCCAGCUACAAACUAUAAUCUCAAUUUAUCGACAACCAAUUUUUCAGAUAAUAACCCCAACCCAUUUUCUCAGUUUACAUCUUUAUCAAAAUCCAAAGAUCCAUUCUCCAGUGUUUUGAACAAUGAACAACACAAUUUUAUAAAUGAUAAUUCUCUUCGACCUAAAAUCUCGUCUCCCGUUAAUUCUUCUCUAACCAUUCUGAAAUGUGAUGAGUUCUCUACGUCUAAACUUAAUUUGGGAAAUUCUGUUGAGUUGCCUACAAAUCAACUGGCUAUAUCAAACGAAAGUGAUAGCAGAUGUGAUGAUAUGGAGAUAAUUAAUAGCAAAAGCACUGAAGAAAAUAAUAAUAUUACGAGUUAUCAUCAGGUCAUUCAUACUGAUAAUCCAUACUACAUGAAUCAGUCUAAUCCGAAUCUUCUUAAACUUUUGUCGAACUGUAAUCAGUUAGUCAGAAACUCAUCAGUUGAAAUAUUACCAUCUUUGUAUUCACCGCUACCUUCAUUAUCAGCUGUUAAUACACUACAUCCAUUUAACAAUCAUGUUACAAGAUCAGACUCUUUAGUGCUAGAUAAUACUUCAAAAUGUCUCAAUGAGAAUUGUAUUACUGAAAAUAUGGAAAAAUAUAAUCAAACUAAGAAUGAAGAUAAUAAUGUUAACGAAAGGUCCGAUGAUUAUAUGGAUGGCAAAUCAACUUAUCCGAAUAAAAAUUCCUUGUGGAUAUUCAAUAAUUGCACCAACCCAAAUAACACAGCAGGAUUUGAAGAACCAUUUGAUGUCAGUCACACAGUGCAAGAGGUUAUCAAAUCUUCUAUUUGUAAUUAUCCUUCAAAUAUAUACAAUUCUUCGUUGUCACUACCAAUAGCCUUUCCAUCCUCCCCUUCUGCUUCACUUACUCAUAACUAUGAAUCAUUACAGGUGGAAAAACCUAUCACAAACUUUGUAAAUCAUGCUCAGGUUACCACUCAUCCUUGCAUGAUACAACAUGACAUGCAGCAUUCGACUUCAACUAACUAUUCAUCAUCGUGUUCUUCUUCAUCAUCAUCAUCAUCAUCGUCUGAGCAACAGCAGUCACAUCACUGUUUUCCUCAAACUGACAUUGCUUCAUACGUACCAUCACAAAUUAAUUCGAUAGAAUGUAGUGAUAAACAUCAAUAUGAUUUAGCUGAUAUGCCCUGUUCACGUCGUCAGGAACAACAGUAUCGACAAAAAAAGUUGUUUCUUCACUUUCCAACACCAACAGAAACCGUGAAAUGGAUGCCUAAACAUUUGAUGAUGAUUAAUGCACAACAGCACCACCAACACCAACGUCAACAGCAACUCACAGACGACCUUCUUGAAAGUGAAUCUCACUCAGUAAUCAAUAAGCUUGGCAUGGAAUAUACCUCUCAAGCAACCAUAGACAAACAAUCUGUGCUCCACGAAACUCCUCAGUGUGUACAAUGUGGAAAAUUUAAUAUUGAAAAUCAACAAUGGGUCUUCGACAGAAUUACUGAACUUUAUUUAUGCAAUGAAUGUAAUCAACAAGUCAACAAUGACAAUGAUAGAAUGAAGUCAACAAGAAAAAUGAAACACGUACCAAGUAUAAAUGUACCGGCUGAUAAAGCUAAGCCAUUCUUUGAUCCAUUACUGAAUUAUGGUACACGGAAUAGAAAUCGAUCAGGUUUAGAUCAAGAAAAUGGGAGUUUGUCUUUUCUUAUAUGGAAUGAUGUCAAAUCUUACUCUGAAGAUCCUUCAUUUAUAUUCAAUCCUACGAACAAUUUUAAUGAGAUAGAUAAACACUUGCAAAUACAAUCACCUCAAGAGAUCUCAAACUAUUCUACAUGGUCACAAUAUACAACGAAGGAUGUGGCUGUUACUAGGGAACCAAUCGAUCCAAUACAUAGUGAAGUAAAGAUCUCAAAGUCAUCUAAUUCAUUAAAUAUUCCAAACUCUACACGUCGUUCAGGACAAUUUUGUACCAAUUGUAAUACUUCAGCAACAACCCUAUGGCGUCGUAAUACGGAAGGAGAACCAGUAUGUAAUGCAUGUGGAUUAUAUUAUAAACUGCACAAGAUAAACCGUCCAAUAUCUAUGAAGAAAGAAGGGAUUCAAACUCGCAAGAGAAAACCAAAAAUGAGCACACUAAAAUCUAAUCAGUUAUAUGUACCGAAUUCCUCUCGAGGUUCUGGAAAAUCUAUGAACAAAUUAGUGACGCGUAUGGAUGGUUCUAAACAGGCGAGUUUUUUAUUGAUAAUAGACAUCAGUACGAUAUUAUAUACCGAACUGUAUAUAGCAAGAGCUGUUGUAAUUACAAACCAGACAGGUGGUUGA